AUGACUCAACCUCAGCUGAAUGAGUUCAUUCCUCCUCCGGAGUGCCCUGUUUUUGAGCCCAGCUGGGAGGAAUUUGCCGACCCUUUUGCGUACAUCAACAAAAUACGACCCAUUGCAGAGAAAACUGGCAUCUGCAAAGUCCGACCUCCACCGGAAUGGCAGCCACCAUUUGCCUGUGAUGUCGACAGACUGAAAUUCACACCACGGAUUCAAAGGCUUAAUGAGUUAGAGGCUCAGACCAGAGUUAAACUAAACUUCCUGGAUCAAAUAGCAAAAUUCUGGGAGCUUCAAGGAUGUACCCUGAAAAUCCCUCAUGUGGAAAGAAAGAUUCUGGACCUGUAUCAGCUGAACAAGCUGGUGAAUGAAGAGGGGGGAUUCGAUGCUGUCUGUAGAGAGCGACGUUGGACUAAGAUAUCUGUCAAAAUGGGCUUUGCUCCGGGAAAGGCUAUAGGCUCCCAUUUGCGGACGCACUAUGAGAGGAUUCUGUACCCGUAUAACCUGUUUCAGACUGGAGCCAAUCUUCCUAAGGCCACCUUGACUAAUGACACUAAAGAUAAAGAAUACACCCCUCAUGACCUGCCACAGCGUCAGUCUGUCCAGCCCCAGGAGACCUGCAGCAUUGCUCGCCGAGCAAAACGAAUGAGAUCAGAAAGAGGCUGUUUCAAAAGUGAACCUGGAGAAAUUUGUGAAAAUCGUCCUAAUCUAAGGAGGCGGAUGGGAACUUUUGUUACCAAAUCAGAACCUGUGAGAAUGGCUGUAACUGUGGUGAAACAGGAGCCUGUUGAACAUGAGGAAACGGUAUUGAAUAAAAUACCAAGUAAAGUGGACCAAUACAUGUGCUUGGUAUGUGGCAGUGGAAGCGCUGAGGACCGCCUGCUGUUGUGCGACGGCUGUGAUGAUAGUUAUCACAUCUUCUGUCUGAUCCCUCCCCUCCAUGAUGUUCCCAAAGGCGACUGGAGGUGCCCCAAGUGCUUGGCUCAGGAAUGUGGCAAACCCCCUGUCGCUUUUGGCUUUGAGCAGGCCAGCAGGAGCUACACACUUCAAGCUUUUGGAGAUAUGGCUGAUUCGUUCAAGUCUGAUUAUUUUAACAUGCCAGUUCAUAUGGUUCCCACUGAGCUGGUGGAGAAGGAGUUCUGGCGUCUCGUCAGUACCAUCGAAGAGGAUGUCACUGUGGAAUACGGAGCAGACAUCGCCUCCAAGGAGUUUGGGAGUGGUUUCCCUGUGAGGAACGGCCAUUUUGAAGUCUCUCCUGAGGAUGAGCAUUACCUGACCAGCGGCUGGAACCUGAACAACAUGCCGGUGCUAGAUGCAUCGGUGCUGACUCAUGUUACAGCCGACAUCUGUGGGAUGAAGUUACCUUGGCUGUACGUGGGCAUGUGCUUCUCCUCCUUCUGCUGGCACAUUGAGGAUCAUUGGAGCUAUUCCAUAAACUAUCUUCACUGGGGAGAGCCAAAGACGUGGUAUGGAGCCCCUGGUUAUGCUGCAGAGCACCUCGAGUCAGUCAUGAAGAAACUGGCACCUGAACUGUUCGAGUCUCAGCCGGAUCUCCUUCACCAGCUGGUCACCAUCAUGAAUCCAAAUACAUUGAUGAACAAUGGUGUCCCGAUCUAUCGGACCAAUCAGUGCGCCGGCGAGUUUGUCAUCACUUUUCCCAGAGCUUACCACAGCGGCUUCAACCAGGGUUUCAACUUUGCUGAAGCUGUCAACUUCUGUACCAUGGACUGGAUGCCCAUUGGUCGUAACUGCGUGGGCCACUAUCGCCAGCUGAGCAGGUACUGCGUCUUCUCCCAUGAUGAGAUGGUUUGUAACAUGGCCUGUAAAGCAGAUACGAUGGAUGUCGACCUGGCAUCAGUGGUGAAUAAAGAGAUGACUGCCAUGGUAGAAGAAGAGGAGGAACUGAGGGACAAAGUGAAAAAGAUGGGUGUGGUACAGUCUCAACGUGAUUAUGAGGUACUCCCAGACGAGGAGCGCCAGUGCUCCAAGUGUCGGACCACCUGCUACCUGUCUAGCAUCACCUGUCCCUGCAGUCCCGGCAAGAUGGUUUGUCUUUACCACACCCACAAUCUGUGCUCCUGUCCACCCAGCAACCUUACACUCCAUUACAAGUUUACACUGGAUGAGUUGUAUCCCAUGAUGGCAUCAGUGAAGCAACGUGCAGAGUCAUAUAAAGAGUGGGUCAGAAAUGUGCAGGACAUCCUGGAGAACAAAGAAAGCAAGAAAAGAGGUCUGGAGGAGCUCCACAGUCUAGUGGAACAAGCAGAACUACAUUCAUUUCCACCACCCAACCUGGUGGAUCAGCUUCGUGCAGUCGCCUUUGAGGCAGACAAAGUAGCUGUAAUGGCACAGCAGCUUCUGAAUGGGAAGAGGCAGACAAGGUAUCGUUCUGGAGGAGGAAAGUCUCAAAGCCAGAACGAGCUGACUGUGGAGGAGCUCAGAUCUUUUGUGCGGCAGUUGGACACCCUACCCUGCAACAUCAGACAGGCUCCCUUACUGAAGGACCUCUUGAGCCGGGUAGACGACUUCCAGCGGCGCAGUGAGAAGCUCCUCUCUGAUGACUCCCCCAGCCCACAGGAGCUGCAGGACCUGCUGGAUGUGAGUCUAGGCCUGGAUGUGGAGCUGCCGCAGCUGCCCCUGCUAAGGGAGAGACUGGAGCAGGCUCGCUGGCUGGAGGCCGUGCAGCAGGCGAGCAGUCGGCCGGAUGACCUCUGUCUGGACACCAUGAGGAGGCUGAUAGACCAGGGAGUGGGCUUGGCCCCUCACAGCUCCGUGGAAAGAGCCAUGGCUCGUCUGCAGGAGCUGCUGACGGUGUCAGAGCAGUGGGAGGAGCGGGUGCUCAGCCUCAUGGAGGCGAGGCCCUAUCACAGCAUAGAAACACUCGAUGCUGCCCUCCAGGAAGUGGACAACAUCCCGGCUUAUUUGCCCAACUGUUUGGAGCUCAAGGACAUUGUUGCCAAGGCCAAGAAAUGGCUCCAGGAAGCUGAAGCACUCCAGCUUGGAGGACGUAUUCCUGUGCUGGACAGCCUCUCUGAGCUGGUACUCAGAGCAGAGAGCAUCCCAGUGUGGCUCGACCCACUGAGUCGACUGGAAGCGCUCAUCAGUGACGUCCAGAUGUGGAAGGAGAGUGCAGCAAAGACAUUCCUACUGAAGAACUCGACCAUCUCCCUUUUGGAGGUGCUUUGUCCAGGUGUGACGUCGGUACGGACCUCAAAAGUCAAACCUAAAAAAGGAAAAGAAGUUACACAAAUCAAUAAAAAAGCUUCGACAAAACUGGAGUCUCUGUGUGAUGUGGAGAGAGCUCUGUCUGAGAGCAAGGACUCAGCCUCAGCUAUGACUACUCUGGCUGAGGUUCGUCAGAGGGAGAUGGAGAUGCUGUUGGCUCUUCGCGCUUCAAAUGAGUCCAAGCUUCUUCCUGCUGAAAACUGUUGUGCACUUAGUGUUUGUGUUUGCCAAAAGGCCCCUUCGGGUGCCAUGGUGCAGUGUGAGCUCUGUCGAGAGGUUUUCCACUGUGGCUGUGUUGCAACAACUGUGGAGCUUGAAUAUGGCCAAGCCUGGCUCUGCCCUCUUUGCCAGUGCUCAAGGAAACCCCCACUGGACAAAGUCCUGCCUCUGUUGGCUUCACUGCAAAGGAUUCGGGUGAGGCUGCCAGAAGGGGACGCACUACGCUUUCUCAUUGAGAGGACAGUCCGUUGGCAGCAUAGAGUUCAGCAGGCCUGCACAGAGGGAGUCCUGGAGAAAGUGUCAAAGAUGGGGCGAGUAGGACACAGAAUCUCAUCACAUCUCACUCGGGAAAUAAAUGGGUCAUCUUUUUACACAGAGCAUGUGUCUGUUCCACUCCAGGCACUGAGCUCUGAGCUGGACGAGCUGUUGGUGGAAGGAUUCCUGCUGCAGGUUACUCUGCCCGAGACUGAACAGCUGUACAGAUACCUCUUAUACAAACUGGCCCAUCUACCCUCACACAGUGCCCCCACAGACGAGGACCAACAUCCACAGCAGACUCAGAGAGGAAGCCCUCACCAUGUCAAGAACGGAGGUUCCAGUCUCACAAGGAAACAAGAACGGUCAAGCAAAAGGACCAAACGGCGCAAGGACAGCUCGGAUUCUCAGCACAGUGAGAAGGCCAGAAGUGCCGCAAAAAGAAGUCAAAGAAAAACAAAAAGGAGUGAAGAAACGAAAAAGACCAGCUCUCCCACACACACAGUGUGUGAUCCUGCACCUUCAGACUCAGAGGAGGACUAUUCACUGUGUGCUGCACCGUGGUGCAGGGAGCCGGAGGGGGAUGAGGUAAACUGGGUCCAGUGUGAUGGCAGCUGCAAUCAGUGGUUCCACCAGAUCUGUGUAGGACUGUCUGCUGAGCGGGCAGAGAAGGAGGACUAUAUUUGCAUAAGCUGCACACAGCCAGACUAUGACCGAGGAGAAUGAAGACCAAAUAGAGACUGAAGGAUCAGCAGUUCAGAUUGAAGCCACAGCACUAAAGUGCACACUUGAACUCUGUGCCCCGUGGUGUUCCCUUUACCUUCUGGCUUACCCUUGGUGAACAUGGUGCUAUUUACUUUUUUCCACAAUUACAACAGACUUCUGUCACUGUUUUCGUCAUGUGGCUGUUGUUUUUUUCAGCCAAUCAACUAACCCUUUCUGAAACUUUCCAAGACUUGAUGCAGAUGUACAAAAUGGCAAAAUAUUUCAAGAACCAACAGCGCAGGGAUUUUCAACCAAAAAAGUCAAUUUGACAUCACCUUUUAGAACUGUUUUCUUUUUUUACAUGCAUCUGAACAAUGUGAAAACUUCCUUUCUCUUGUAGAGUAAAUAUUAUUUAUCUAAGCAAUAACUGAACUAAUUAAUUGAAGUUCAGUUUCAGCUAAGCUAUAUUUGUGCUUAGAAAUUAUUUGAUAGAAUGCCUUCAUGAAGCAAAAGCCUACCCUAAAAACUCAUUCACUUUAUCAGUCCUGUGAUAUUAAACAGUUCAGUUACAAUUUGUGAACGGGAAUUACUCAAAUCUCACGCAUCACUGCUCUCUGGCUGAAACCAGAGAGCAGUGAUGCGUGUCUGAAGUUGUUGACCCAAAUGUGCAAAGGUUUGCACAUGAAUUUCUGCCCAUGUCCCUUAACAAAUCACUGACGUUGAGCUGAAGUCAGGCUCCCUUGUGCGCUGUCUGCAGAAACAAAUGAGUUCUGCAUCCACGUUCUUGCGUUGGAUGAGACCUGAUUAUAUUCACAAUGAGAAUGAACUGUCCGACAUCAAAGGAAUGUACAUUUUGUUUUAGGGUGGAUUUUCCCUUUAUGCUUAAGAAUGGAAAUAUUGUGUUGGACUUAGAUUUAACACAGAGUGUGUGAUUUAUUUGCCACGGGUAUAUGACCUUUUUCUGCUCCUUUGGGUAAAUAAUAUAAUUCAUAUGUUGCAGUUUGCAUUAUAAAAUAAAAAUGUUUGUUCCUGUA